CCGAGCAAAGCCCGCGCUCCUCCCUCCCACCAAUCACGGCGCGCGAUCGCUCCCGGAUUUGCAUAACCACGCCCUCACCCCGCCUGUAUUUUGGUGCCGGCGCUGCCCGGGCCGGACUCGGAGCGGAGGAGGAGCGGGAGGAAGAGGAGGGGGAGAAGGAGGAGGAGGAAGAGGAGGGACAAAGGAAGAGGAGGGACAACGGAACAGGAACAGCGGGAGGAAGAGGCGCCCCAACACCACGCGGUUCCCGCGCUCCGGCCGCAGCUGCCCCGGCCCCGCCGGCAUCGCCCCCCGGAGCCCGCAGAGCAGGAGCUGAGCAUGGAGAGCAGCGAGGAGCUGGUGGCUGAGGCCGUUGGGAGCGGCUCCACGGCUCGGCAGGGAGAAGCCAACGGGGAGGAGAAGCCGCGGAGAUCCCCGAGCAGGAGGGGCUGCAAAGGCAGAGCGCGGGGAUCCGAGGGGGAAAGAGGCAGCCUGGGCCAUGGAGGGGCUCAGAGAUCCGAGCUGGGGCUCCAUGAGCAGCUCCAGGGUGGGGUGGAGAAACCCCACAAGUGCUCCGAGUGUGGGAAGAGCUUCAAGAGGAGAUCCUGCCUGAUUGUGCACCAGAGAAUCCACACGGGAUCUGAUGGUGAAAAACCCACCCUGGACCAGGGUCAGAGCCCAGAGCUGGGGGUCCAUGAGCAGCUCCAGGGUGGGCAGGAGAAGCCCAACCAUUGCUCCGAGUGUGGGAGGAGCUUCAGGAGGAGAUCCACCCUGAAUGUCCACCUGAGGAGCCACACGGGGGAGAGGCCCUAUGAGUGUGAUGAAUGCCAUCAGACAUUUUACAAAAAUUCUGAUCUCAUCAGUCACCAGCUCAUUCACACCAACGAGCGGCCAUUUUGCUGUCCUGAUUGUGGGAAGGGAUUCAGGCAAAGCUCCAGCCUCAUCCUCCACCAGCGAAUCCACACUGGGGAGAGGCCCUAUGAGUGUGGGGAGUGUGGCAGGAGCUUCAGGUGUAGGUCCGUACUGACUCUCCACCAGAGGAGGCACACGGGGGAACGACCCUACCAGUGUGACCAGUGCCAGAAGAGGUUUUCGAGGAGCAAUGAUCUCGUGGGGCACCAGCGCUCACACACGGACGAGAGGCCCUUCCUGUGCCCUGACUGCGGGCAGCGCUUCAACUGCGUCUCCACCGUCAAGAGGCACCGGCGCAUCCACAGCGAGGAGAGGCCCUACAAGUGUGGUCAGUGCCAGAAGAGGUUUCAGAGGAGCUCCAAUCUCCUCAGCCACCAGCUCAUCCACACCGGGGAGAGGCCGUUCUAUUGCCGUGAGUGUGGGAAGGGAUUCAGACACAUCUCUGUCCUCAUCGUCCACCGGCGCAUCCACACCGGGGAGAGGCCCUACGAGUGUGAUCAGUGCCAGAAGAGUUUUACGAGCAGCAGCGUGCUCCGCCAGCACCAGCUCAUUCACACCGAGGAGAGGCCGUUCCGCUGCCGUGACUGCGGGCAGGGCUUCAGGCGCAACUCUGCCCUCAUCGACCACCGGCGCAUGCACACCGGGGAGAGGCCCCACGAGUGUCCCCACUGUGGGAAGAGCUUCGCCAGGAGCUUCACCUUGACCAAGCACCAACGCACCCACUCUGUAUCGCUCCCAGCGCUCCCAGUAUCGCUCCCAGUGCAGAGAGGAGGGAAAGAAGGAGGAGCGGGAGGAGGAAGAGGAGGGACUGAGGAGGAAGGAAAGGAGGAGCAGGAGCGCGAGAGGAGGAGGAAGAGGAGGGACAGAGGAAGAGGAGGAGCGGGAGGAAGCGCGGCCGCAUCAGCCCCGGAGCCCGCAGAGCAGGAGCUGAGCAUGGAGAGCAGCGAGGAGCUGGUGGCUGAGGCCGAGCUGGGGCUCCACGAGCAGCUCCAGGGUGGGCAGGAGAAGCCCCACGGGUGCUCCGAGUGUGGGAAGAGCUUCAGGUGGAGAUCGUCCCUGGUCCGCCACCGCAGGAUCCACACGGGAGAACGCCCCUACGUGUGUGGGGUGUGUGGGAAGAGCUUCAACACCAGGUCCUACCUGAUCGUCCACCAGAAGAUGCACAACGGCGAGAGGUCCUACGAGUGCGGGCUGUGCGGGAAGAGCUUCAGCACCAGCUCCCACCUGAUCGUCCACCAGAGGAACCACACCGGCGAGAGGCCCUACGAGUGCGACGUGUGCCAGAAGAGGUUCCCGAGCAGCUCCACGCUCCGUGGCCACCAGAGGAUCCACACCGAGGAGCGGCCGUUCCGCUGUCCCGAGUGUGGGAAGGGCUUCAGGGAGAACUCCACGCUCACCACGCACCGCAGGGUCCACACCGGGGAACGCCCCUACGCGUGCGGGCAGUGCGGGAAGAGCUUCAGCACCAGCUCCUACCUGGUGGUCCACCAGAGGACGCACAGCGGGGAGAAGCCCUACGAGUGCGGGGUGUGCGGGAAGAGCUUCGGCAGGAGCUCGCAGCUGAUCGUCCACCACAGGAGCCACACCGGGGAGCGGCCCUACGAGUGUCCCCAGUGCGGGAAGGGCUUCACCAACAGCUCCAACCUGAUUGUCCACCAGAGGAGCCACGCUGCGGAGAAACCCUGCGAGUGCGAGCAGUGCCGCCGGAGGUUCAGGAGCGUCGGGGAGCUCGUGGUGCACCAGCGCUCGCACGUGGAGGAGAAGCCGUUCCACCUUCUGGAGUGUGGGCAGAGCUUCAGUGACAGCUCCAAGCUGGUGAAACCCCGGUUCAUCCACGGUGAGGAGCGCGAGGAGAACUUCAGCGGGAGCUCCAGGCUGGUUGUCCACCAGAAGGACCACACUGAGGAGUGUGAGGAGAAUUUCAGCGGGAGCUCCAGCCUGGUUAUCCGCCAGAGGAACCACACUGAGGAGAACUUCAGCAAGAGCUCCAGCCUGAUCGUCCACCAGAGGGCUGAGGAGAGACCCUAUGAGUGUGAGAACUUCAGUGAGAGCUCCAGCCUGAUCAUCCACCAGAGGGACCACGCUGAGGAGAAACCCUAUGAGUGUGAGAACUUCAGUGGGAGCUCCAGCCUGGUCGUCCACCAGAAGGACCACACUGAGAAGAGACCCUAUGAGUGUGAGGAGAACUUCAGCAAGAGCUGCAGCCUGAUUGUCCACCAGAGGGACCACGUUGAGGAGAACUUAAGUGAGAGCUCCAGCCUGAUUGUCCACCAGAGGGACCACGCUGAGGAGAGGCCCUACGAGUGUGAGAACUUCAGCGGGAGCUCCAGGCUGGUCGUCCACCAGAAGGACCACACUGAGGAGUGUGAGGAGAACUUCAGCGAGAGCUCCAGCCUGAUUGUCCACCAGAAGGACCAUGCUGAGGAGAGGCCCUACGAGUGUGAGAACUUCAGUGGGAGCUCCAGCCUGGUUGUCCACCAGAAGGCUGAGGAGAGGCCCUACGAGUGUGAGAACUUCAGCGAGAGCUCCAGCCUGGUCAUCCACCAGAGGAACCACACUGAGGAGAACUUCAGCGGGAGCUCCAGGCUGGUUGUCCACCAGAAGGACCACACUGAGGAGUGUGAGGAGAACUUCAGCGGGAGCUCCAGGCUGGUUGUCCACCAGAAGGACCAUGCUGAGGAGAAACCCUAUGAGUGUGAGAACUUCAGUGAGAGCUCCAGGCUGGUUAUCCGCCAGAGGAACCACACUGAGGAGAACUUCAGUGAGAGCUCCAGCCUGAUUGUCCACCAGAAGGACCACACUGAGGAGAGACCCUAUGAGUGUGAGGAGAACUUCAGCAAGAGCUCCAGCCUGAUCGUCCACCAGAGGGACCACGUUGAGGAGAACUUAAGUGAGAGCUCCAGCCUGAUUGUCCACCAGAAGGACCACACUGAGGAGAGACCCUAUGAGUGUGAGGAGAACUUCAGCAAGAGCUCCAGCCUGAUUGUCCACCAGAGGGACCACGUUGAGGAGAGGCCCUACGAGUGUGAGAACUUCAGUGAGAGCUCCAGCCUGAUUGUCCACCAGAGGAACCACGUUGAGGAGAGGCCCUACGAGUGUGAGAACUUCAGUGAGAGCUCCAGCCUGAUUGUCCACCAGAGGAACCACGUUGAGGAGAGGCCCUACGAGUGUGAGGAGAUCUCCAGCCUGGUCAUCCACCAGAGCGACCACGUUGAGGAGAGGCCCUACGAGUGCGACCAGUGCCACCAGAGGUUCUACACCACCGCCACGCUCCUCAAGCACCAACGCGGCCACGCCGAGGAGCGGCCGUUCUGCUGCCCCGACUGCGGGAAGAGCUUCAAGAGCAACUCAGCCCUGGUGGUCCACCAGCGCAUCCACACCGGCGAGAGGCCCUACGAGUGCGACCGCUGCUGGAAGAGCUUCCACACCACGUCCGACCUCCUCCUCCACCAGCGCGUCCACGCGGACGAGAGGCCCUUCCGCUGCCCCGACUGCGGGGUGGGCUUCAAGCACAACUCCACGCUGGUCAAGCACAGGAGGACCCACACCGGGGAGCGUCCCUACGUGUGCUGGCAGUGCGGGAAGAGCUUCGGCGCCAGCUUCAGCCUGGUUGUCCACCACAGGAGCCACACCGGGGAGCGGCCCUACGAGUGCGGGGAGUGCGGCAAGAGCUUCUCGCAGAGCUCGGGGCUGGCGGCCCACCAGAGGUGUCACACCGGGGAGCGGCCCUACGCGUGUCCCCGGUGCGGGAGGAGCUUCUCGCAGAGCUGCAACUUGGCCAGGCAUCGGUGCAGGGCGCGGGAGGAGCUCCGCGAGCUGCUCCGGGCCCGCGGUCCGCAGGAGAAGACAACCUGGAUGGUGCCCGGCGGGCAGCACGCGGGUUUGGAGGACGCCUGGGUGAAGGUUCCUCAUCCUCCUGGGUUUGUCAACUUCUGAGCCAGAAAAAUCUCAUUUUUCCCAUCUUUUUUGGUGGUCUUCAGCAACACUUGAAGGUCUUCUCCGCCAUCAAUCCGUCCACCAUGAUGGAUUGAUCCCCAGUGAGCCCAGGUGGGCAGAACCCAGGUGAUCCAGGUUUGGAGGACACCUGGCUGAGGGUUCUACAUCCUCUUGGAUUUGUCAACUUCUAACCCCCAAAAAAUCUCAUUUUUUCCAUCUUUUGGUGGUCUUAAGAAGACAUGGAUGUCUUCUCCACCAUCAGUCUCCCGUGGGAGGAUCUGCUGUGGAUGGUCCCCACUGAUUCCUGUUGA